GCCUGCACCACUAUCAUUAAGAGCAUCUCUCCAUCUCUCCCUGCCCUCCAACAACAGCUCAGCUUCGCUCUAGCAAUGCAGACCCCGAGGGCUCCAGAACUUAUGCUGGCGACCUCCCCUCUGAAGACAGCUGCCUUCUCCAGGAUAGAUACAUUUAGUGCUUCCCACAAGCUGGCCUGCAAAUCCUUGAGUGAUGAAGAGAAUAAGAAGCUGUUUGGACAAAGCAAACAGAGGCAUGGGCACAAUUAUAAAGUUGUGGUGACUGUCCAUGGAGAAAUAAAUCCCAUUUCUGGGAUGGUGAUAGACCUGAUGGACUUGAAAGCAUACAUGACGGAGGCGAUCACAAAGCCCCUUGACAAAAGGGACCUGGAUGAAGAUGUCCCCUAUUUUGCCAAUGUUGUAAGUUCAACUGAGAAUCUCGCUGUGUUCAUCUGGGAAAACCUCCAGAAGCACUUGCCUGUGAAAACUCUUUAUAAAAUAAAAAUCUACGAAACAGAUGAGAGCAGUUUUGUCUAUAAGGGAGAAGCAACAGCUCCAUCAGCUUUCAUGGAUGCAUGCACACACCCUCCCCACCAAGUGCUCAGUUUGAGUAGCUUUUUGGAAACUGUGGACCUGGGGGAAAUUCACUGUUGCACUCACACUGCAGGCACUAAUUUUUGUCUGUCUUGCUUUUUUGGGGGAGAGGCACUAACAAAGAAACAGGGUUGGGAAUGGGGAGGGGACCAAUGGCACUAGUAUGCUUGAAUAGACAGGAGUUGAUAUAAUUUGCCGAGGCA